GCACUUCAAAUUAGAUUCAGUUAUGAUGUGGUACAGUCGGUUGCUGUUAGUUUGUUUCAUUCAAAGUACUUUAACUGUUAAAGUCAAAGUUAUAAUGCAUUCUGAUGAAGAUUCUAAAAUAGAAGAAGAUGAUACUCCACAUACGGAAAGUUGGGAUUACAAGAAAAAGAUUGAUAUAACGAUGAUGCCUUUUUUAAAGAAAGCGGCGCAUAGGCACAUCGCGGAAAAGCAAGUCGAUUACGAGGAAGAAAAGCCUACGACGGAGAAGCUACGACCGAUCCACCCCAAUGAGAUGAUAUUCCCGUUAAUUUACCGCCAAGUUCAUAUAAAUAGUAUGUUUAAAUUUGCUGAAAACUGGUACACUUGGUCCACUGAAAAGAGAACAGAUGGGUCUAAGGCGAUUAAUUACUACGUUUGUUAUGACGAGCCAAAACACUGCGACGAAGUUGGAUGGGAGCGAACAGACAAUCCCCCAAGGUGCGCUUUUCAAAUAGAUUCUCUAAUGCCUGAUGAUCGCGCUUGUCUUAACACUUUCGGUGUGGAACCCCAUACAAAUGGAGUUUGCGACGGAGGAGAGCAAAUGAAGGUAAGCGAUAUUGUGCGGGCGUGUGGACCAAGGAUACGAUCGUUGUGGCGUUUCUUCCGUGUAGGACGCAGACCGGCCAACGCAGCUAAACCAGCUGAUGUCAACUCAUUAAUUUGCGAAGAUGAAGAGGAAUGCUUUAUUACUAUCGAAUAUAGAAUUCAUCAUGACAGAAUAACAUUUUCCCUACAUGAACCUUCAAGGGGUCAAACAUUUAAAAGUGCACUGAAACGAGAUAUUCUGACGGAAGACGAUAAUAAAGUUAUACUAACCACAGAAUCGCAUACGAGAACAGCUCAUCGAUCCAAAAAAAAUCGCGAAGACGAACAUAGUCGAAAAAAAUUUCAUAACAAAUCUAGAAGCAAAAUUGUCGAAGGCAAGGGAGUCGUAAAAGAAAGGAACGAUUCUGGCUAUACAAAUAGUAGAGUACUUAAAAAUAAAAUUAAAGUGAAAGACGAUAAUAUAUCAGACGAUGUAUCUGAUAAAUAACAAAAAAUAUCUAGAUAAGUUUUAACUUAUAUACUUUGUGAGCGUCAAAAUGGACGGUCACUAAAAAUUAUUUUGAGCGUUGAUCGAAUUUAGCAUUUUAGUACAACCUAAAAUCUUUAUAAACGUACUUGUAUUGUUAGAGAAUAAAACAUUAUUUUCAUACUUUA